CGGGAACAGGCUGUGUGCGCACGUUCACUUUCAGCCCGACUACAAACUUCUACAUAUCACAGUCAUUAAGUGUUGCUGUCAUGCCCACUAAAAAGGCCACCACCAAGAGAAAAUUGGAGGCUACUGUAGAGGAUGAUAAGGACUCCAAGAAAGUGAAAAUUUCCCACCGGAGUCAUGGCAAGGAGGCGGGUCAGGUUCUUGUCUUGGGCCAGGGUGAUGUUGGACAGUUGGGUUUAGGUGAGGACAUCAUUGAGAGGAAGAAGCCUGCGCUUGUGUCCCUGCCAGAGAAAAUUGUGCAAGUGGUAGCAGGUGGCAUGCACACUGUGUGUCUCAGUGACACUGGCCAUGUCUACACAUUUGGCUGUAAUGAUGAGGGGGCUCUUGGUAGGGACACAACAGAGGAAGGGUCGGAGAUGGUUCCAGGGAAGGUGACACUGGAGGAGAAGGUGGUCCAGGUGUCAGGAGGGGACAGCCACACAGCUGCACUCACAGAGGAGGGAGCAGUGUACAUGUGGGGCUCCUUCAGGGACAACAAUGGUGUAAUAGGUCUACUGGAGCCCAUGAAAACAUCCACUGUUCCACUCAAAGUCCCCAUGACGGAGCCUGUUGUGAAAAUUGCAUCAGGUAACGACCACCUCAUACUGGUGACACUGGAGGGAAAUCUUUACUCAUUGGGCUGUGCAGAGCAGGGGCAGCUGGGGAGAGUGCCUGAGCAUUUUUCGAACAGAGGAGGCAGGAAAGGUCUCGGUCGGUUGCUGGUACCUCAGGUGAUAAAAGUCAGAGGGAAGGUUCACUUCUUAGACGCCUUCUGCGGAGCAUACUGCACCUUUGCUUUGUCAAAAGAGGGACAUGUCUAUGGAUUCGGCCUCUCCAACUAUCACCAGCUGGGCACUAAAGGCACCAGUAUGUGUUUUGUCCCAGUAAAACUGACUUGCUUCAAGAACUCCACCACUUCCUGGGUUGACUUCUCUGGAGGACAGCAUCACACUGUGUGCCUUGAUGCUGAAGGACAGGUUUACAGCCUGGGCAGAGCAGAGUACGGUCGUCUUGGUCUGGGUCAAGGUGCUGAAGAGAAGAGUGAUCCCACACCUGUGAUGGGGAUGGAGCCGGCCAGUGGAGUGACAUGCGGGGCGUCUGUCAGCUACGCUGUCACCAGAGAAGGAUCUGUGUAUGCCUGGGGAAUGGGCACCAAUCUGCAGCUUGGCACAGGAGAGGAGGAGGAUGAGUGGAGCCCUGUGAAGAUGACAGGCAAGCAGCUGGAGAACCGUGCAGUACUUAUGGCAUCCAGUGGAGGGCAGCAUACAGCCCUUUUGGUCAAAGACAAACAGGAGAGCUGAUGGCUCUCUCUGGCAGAGAAUGAUGGGGGAUCUUUUGAUCUGUUUCAAGGUGGGGCCUUGUUCACAUUGCCUAAAAAUGGGGAGGGGGUGAAUCUACAUGUGACUUCCUGUGCUGAGCCGAGGGAGUGCAAGAGGUGCGGGGCAGAGGGGAAAAUGAGCUUUUAGCCCCUUUUAUGAGAACUCUACUCUUGCUGAUGUGGGGGAAAGUGUUCACUGAUGUUUUCAGUAGAUCAUGACAAAUGAGAGACUAUUUUUUUAAAUCUAGUUUUUUGAUGUUCCCUUCAAUAAUUGAAUUCUUUUCAAUAAAAGUCAUUAGUAUGACUGUAAGACAGUGUAUGUGAUGUUUGUGAAUGUGACUGUUGGCAUGUAAAGGAAACAAGAGUAAAAGGCCUUUUAAUGAUAUCCCCAAACCAGUUUUUUUUAACUUUUCUUUUUCUUUAAAGCAAUAAUUCCAUCAACCUUGGUUCAGAAAGGACAUUAACACCUGAGGAGUUUAAUAUGUGAGACUACUGUUCAUUUUACCGAGGGCACACAGAACUGUUAACUAUUGGACAUUAGGUAACGUGUCAUACUGUAUCCUGCAUUUUGUUGCUUUUUCUGUCUGAAA